AACUGUGAAUCUCUUCUGUGCUGUAGUGGGUGAGUAGCUGCUGUGUUCAGCUGAUGAAGCAUUAGUUUGUAAACUUCCUGUUUCUGAAGUUAAAAAGAAGGAUUUAAAUCAGCAAUAAGUCACAAAUCUGCUGCUUGUUACCACAGUCUAAGUCCAGAGACCUGCUUCAGUCAACUUGGUGCUGAUAUUGAUUCUUAGUUUGAUUUAUGUGAAUCUAAUACUUUUACACUUUUUUCAAUAAGACUCUGAUUUCUGUUUGAAAUCACAUGAUUUAAAAUGUUUGAUACUUCAAAAAUCAGAGAAAUUGUUUCUGAAUUACAGAAAAUAUAUUCUUCUUUCCCUGAUGGAGACCUCGAGUCCACACUGGGCCUCACAUUCACCCCGUAAUGAAAACUAAGCAAAGCAGACCGUCACACACUUGUGUACGUGGAAACUAACAAAUAGAGCUCUGCUGUCAGCUCAUUGCUCCGUCUCAAACAAUAGGUUUUAUCUCUGUUCUAUAACUUUCUUUUGAUUAGCUUCUCCUCAUAAAAGACAGUCAGAAAGAGAAGCCUGACUCUUGAGAUUGUCAGUAUGCUUACUGAGUUUCAUGAGCUGAUUUUGCCUUUUAAUAUAGUUCCUAAUAUAUUGUGUGCGUUUCCUCCUGCAGGUCAAAGUAACUUCACUAUGAGUGUAGAACAGGAGGUCUACCAAGCUGAGGAAAAAAGUAACAUCACAAUAACAUGGCUGCUCCAUUUCGACACCAACAGGCCUCCUGACCUCCUAGAAAUAAACCUAAUGAAUGUGAAAAGGAAGACACGGGUUUUCUUCUAUAACAGUGAGACUGACACUGAGGUGUAUCCAGAUGAGCACUACAGAGGACGACUGCAGUGUGAUCCACAGCUCGCCAGGAAAGGACGACUUGAAUGUGUCUUAACUGAUCUCAGGCUCAAUGACACGGGGAUGUAUCACUGCAUUGUUGUCCUUAACGAAGAAGUUAGUUCCAAAACAUGUGACCUCAGUGUUACAGCAACGUUUAACAAACCUGUGGAAGUGACAUCAAAACCAGCGAACUCUAAGAGGAUUGGCCUCCACGCAGCUCUGGCUUUGUUUGCAGUGGUGAUUAUAGCGCUGUCACUGUGUUACCUGUCUGUGACAUUUUGUAAAUAAUAUUAUUUG